CAUUUUAACGUUAUUAAUUUAAAAUGUUAUAAUAUAAAUGUUUACAAGUAAUUAAUAAUAAACAAUUUUGAUUUGUUCGAAAAAAUGGCAACCUUAUAUCAAACUCAACUUUUAACAACAUUAGGAAAUAAAACGAAAUAUUUGGCAGAACUGAAAAAAACAUUUGUUCGACCUUUGAUACAAAUUGCUGUCAAAGCUAUUGAACAAGAACAUAUAGAAGGAGGUAUAUUAGAAAGAAUCAGUCAAAAAUAUAAUUUACCUUUGGAAGAUGUAGAUGAAUAUUUUUCAGCUAUUUUUAUUAUUUUAAAAACAUAUCUUAAAUAUGUAUCGUCUUCUAUCAAACCAGCUGAAUUUAAACAAACUUUAGAAGAAUUAAAACUUCCUUCUGAUUGCAUUGAGGAUUUAUAUACCGUUAUAUCUGGUCAAAAAAAAGCAGAUUUAAUUACAGGUUUAAUGAAAAAAACCAAAUUUUUUCCACGUUUGAUAUCAUGCAAAUGGCGUAUAGACGUUGUUAUUUCAUCAAAUGUUUUAAGUAGAGUGCUAGAACCAUGUAUUAUAUUGGAAUGUAUAUUUGAUACCGGAGAAACUCAUUCAUUUGAACUCUCUUUAGCACAAUUUCAUCACUUUAGACAUGCAGUAGCAAGUAUUCUUGUAGAAAUACAAUCAUUGGAACAACGUAAUGCUUUAAAAAAUAUACAACACAGUUGACAACUAUAUUGACAACA